CCAAACCAUUGUGGGAACAGCUGGUGUCAUUUCAGCCUCUGCCGCAUAUCUCUUGAAAUUGUCGACAUUUGUUUUUUACCGUUUAAAGGAAUUCGACCGGACACUGUGACUGUCCCGUUACGUGGGGCGCGUUAAACCUGGUCUCUCUCCAUCAUGUAUAAAACGGAGGAAGAAUGUGCCGGUGCUCCUGGGGACUGCGACCCGGCGUCCACUAGCAGGAGGGAUUUUAAUAAAAACACCUGUGGUACCGAGUCACUAAGACCCAGUGAGGGAACUGGUGGUUCCGCUGAGGUCGCCCGAGCCAGAUGGACUCUACUGAGACAGGUGUUGCGUCAAAAACAAGCGGACAGUCCUGAUGUGAAACAGGUGUCUGUCCGCAGGUUUGCAACCUUUGACCUUUUUUGCCGAAAACCUGUGAAACCCGACACUAGUGAUGAUACAGAUGACCAGUGGGUGGAGUACAGAAGUGUCCGCUUUCCAGAGUUCAGUGCCUUGCUCAGAGAUAACCUCGGACCUCUGCGUGUCAAUGAAGUGCUCAACAGUUUCGACAACACAGGGAACGUCUGUGUGUGGCCGUCGGAGGAAGUGAUGGCUCAUUACUGCCUGCAGAACCGCCACAUCUUCAAGGGAGCUGUGUGUGAGUUGGGGGGAGGCAUGACCUGUCUGGCAGGGAUCAUGGUUGCCAUUUGUGCUGACGUGACGGAAGUCCUGCUAUCAGAUGGGAAUGAGAAGUCCAUUCAGAACGUGCGUGGGGUUAUUGAGAGAAACAAGCAAGCAGGACUCUUUGGGUCGGCGAAUGUAUCGAGCAGAGUUGUGCGAUGGGACUGUGAGUCCACCAUCUCAUCGCUAGAGAAUCACUUUGAUGUCAUCAUGUGCGCAGACUGUUUGUUUCUGGACCAGUACCGAGCCAGCCUGGUCGAUGCCAUAAGGAGAUUACUGCAGCCCAAUGGCCGGGCACUGGUGUUUGCGCCACUGCGAGGAGAAACCCUCAGACAGUUCUGUCGGCUGGCUGUGCAGGCCGGACUCUGUGUCUCUCAGAGCCAGCGGUAUGACGCUCACGUUUGGGACAUUCAUCAAAAGAUGCUGAAGGAAGGGAAAGACACCUACGACGAGAACAUCCACUUCCCCAACCUCAUCACGCUGACCAAGGAACCGCAAUCGUCCAGUCACUAACACCCAGCACGUCCAGUCACCAACUCUCCACCAGCUUCUGUGACCUCCACAUCCAAACCAAGAAGUUUGGAUCCAUCUUCAUGUUGACUUCAGCAGCUGUUUAUUGAAGCCACUGCUGUUAAACAGGCCGCUUCAAUCUGCGUAAUCCAGCUCUUGGCUUGUGAAGGAGUCGCUCAGAGUUUUACUGAUGCUUUACUGACUGUGCUCAAUAUACACAAAAGGGCAGCUUCAUCUGGAACUCAUCAGCAUUUUUAAAGACGAGGAAAGUUUUGUUUUUGUCGUCAGAAUUUCUGGUCAUCAAGAGAGUGGAAGAUACAGGAAGGCAGUGAGGCGAUCUCAGGUAUUGCUGUGUGACAUUAACACUGUGGUUCAGCCGAUAAGUCAGGCCUGGAUUUCUUGCCCUCCAAUAACCCGACACUGUACUGUUCAAAGUGACUGUCCCGCCCACUUCUGGUUCGACGCUUCACGGCAGCAAGCGCUGCUAGUUUUUCAACACUUUCUCAAACUUGUCUAUCACUGUGAUGAGUAUACGAAACAAAAUCUCAGCACGUAAAAUCAUCAUCUGGCGAUCCAGUGCCUUGUGGGACGGCCUCCUUCAGCCCGUCGAGGUGCCACAGCUUGACCCCAAAACUGUGGAUGAGUACACCGUCGGCUGUCUUUCAAAAAGUAAAGUUUGGACUGCAGCCUCUUUGAGUUCUAAGCCUCGGCUUCUCAGUGUUCUCCAGAACACUAACAUACCGAGUGAAACAACAGGCAUUUUCCACACUGGAAGAGAGACAGACCAUGUACGUCGGCCCCUGGACCUGUUGCAGGCCCUGCUCCACACCUGGCAACCCAUUCUGAGCUGCCCCAUCUGCAGGUAGCCUGUUAAUCCAGAUGUUGUGAUGUACAUGUCAAGACAAAACUGUGACACUCACGUAACAUAAACAAGAUGGCCGGUUGACUGGUACUGUAAGUCCAGACAGUUAUUCUCACGUCAAAUGCGGAGUAAUCGCGUGGCCAUUUUAAAAUAUCUUUGUCGACAAAUGUGCUCAAUGGUGUUAGUUUUGAGUUCAGUCUUUAUUCCUUUCUUACUUGUACCUGAUUGUAUUUGAAGAAUUGAAGGCGCGUUCUUGCUUUAGUUGUCCAUCCGUCACUGUGAUUCACUGCUAUUGCUAAAAACCACCCGCCAACUACUGUGCUGCAGUGCUUCUGACACUGAAGUAUUGAUCGUGCUCAGAUCCGCAGAUUGUGAAUGUAUUAGUCAGCGGUUCUUCUGAGGGAUACUGGCCCUGAGUCAGUAUUUCCCUGUUUCUGUUUUUCUCUCAUGUUUCAGGCCGUGGCGUCCAUUAAUUCAAGUUUGUCGCUUUCACCAGUCAGACACAGUUCACACGAUCAAGCAUUUGUGUCCAUGCGUACAAGUGCCUGCCAUCAGCUGUUGAGGACUCAAACUAAAAGUCUUAAAAAAAUAAAGAAAGAUGGGUGCAAGGCACAAGAGAGUCAGUGUUGGGAGUCAAAGCCACUGCCUGCUGCCGAUGAGAUGCCGGGCCCUCGAGCCGCCUUCAUGGACUGGACAGCAGAGUUUAGGUGGUUCUUUUUUUUUUUUUUUCUUUCUACUGCAUAGUACUAUGCCACCUGUUGUACAUGAAACAUUUUUUUCUUCAAAUAUUCAGGUCUCUUCCUGUAUUUUACAGUUUUGCAUGACUGUAUUGAAAUGAUGUUUUUUGUGGUGCUGUGAUUUAUCCUUUCAAUAAUUUAUUGUUGCAUUUGAUUUUGAAAUAUUUUACUGACACCCUUAUCAAAUACUGCAGUGUCUUGUUUCACUAAAACCUUACAAAAAAAAACCAAAAUAAAAAAAUACUUGAUCAGAAAACCCUG